GCAGCAACACACCACCUAAAAUCUCAAAACACUUCUGUCGGAAUCUCAUCGAAGGGUUAAUUCAAAACAAAACAUAAGGAUGGGUAGAUUUUCUACGAGCUCAUACCAGGAAAAGAACCCUAGGUUCUUCGCGUUAUUCCCGCCCGAAAACGACGCCGUAUUCGCCCCCUGCUCUUCUUCUUGCUCUCCUGUUGAUUGCACUCUCUCCCUCGCAACACCCUCCUCCACCCCUCUAAUCAGGCAAGAAGACAAGCAUCUGUUCGGUUCCUCUGCUACUUCUAGUGGCAUGAUUGGAUGGGAUGACUGUAAAACGGCGUCGUAUUUAUCUGAUCAUCAACCUCCGAGGAGUGUUAUCCGUGACGGGGAUACCCUCCUUUCUCGCCGGUGUUCUAACUGCGACACCACCUCUACUCCUCUCUGGAGGAACGGUCCAAAGGGCCCUAAGUCUCUGUGUAAUGCGUGUGGAAUCCGGUUCAAGAAGGAAGAGAGACGAGCAACCGCCGGAAAAUCGAACUCCGGCGAAGGGUCAUCGGCGGCGGAGGCGGGAGUACGGAAUCAGACAUAUAACGGAGGUCCGAAUUACAGUUAUAAUCACUGCUACGAUUCAUCGUCCACGUGGCACCACCAGACGACGCAGAGAGUUCCAUGCAGCUAUUACUCGCCGUCGACGAGCGAAUAUACCUUCAUUGAUGACGUCAGAGACGGCGAUUCCGACGUCACCGCGGCUCCUUUCCUCUCUUGGAGACUUAACGUCGCCGAUCAACUUUAUUAGUCAAGACUCAAGAGACAGGGGCCAGGGGGAUACUGAAACGACGUCGGUUACGUGGCUUUGGUUUUCGCCAAAGUCUUCUGCACGGUCAAACCCUUUAACAUAUAAACAAAAUACACUAUUUAGCUUUUUUGUCAUCUUUAUGUUUUAUUUUCAGAGCUUUUGAAAGUUUUGUGUUAAUGAUACAUACCGUAUUAUAGCCCUUUCCUUGU